UUUCGCAGCUUCAUUCUUAGCGAUUUAUGUUUACGUAUUGUAGUAGCGCCAUCUACUGUAGGCCUUGCACGAUAGUUUAAAGUUUCUUUUUUUUUUUUUUUUUUUUAAGUUGGCAUCUCUGACUGUGUCGUGUUGGUGACAGGAGGUUAUAUAAGCCCCUGCUCUAGGAAUUUCUCGUCAUUCUGUGUUAUCGUGCUGUAGCCUUCGCACGUAUUUGGCACUCUGCGAUAUUUUUCAAAUACCCUCCAAGCAAUUAACAAGAUGGGAAAGAAAAGGAAAAUUCGAGACGCUGAAAACGACAGGAUUGCUAAAAAGAUAAAACUACUGGAAAAUAAAUUACGACGAGAGAGGCGAAUAAUUUCAUCGGAUGAUAGCGACUCACACGGUGAGGAGCAAGUUUUGCCCGAUCUGACGCCGUCCAGUUCACCGGGAACUUCGCCACGAAGUAAUAUUAGAAUGAGCUUAGACAUGCCAAGCUUGUUGUCUCCUAUGCAGAAUACAUCGCCUUCUGAACAGCCUAACCCGGAGCCUACCACAGCGGAUGUGACAGUACAUGAGCCAGGCCUGCCGUCAGAUCCUGGGCCCUCCACCACAACUGGCGCUCCCAACGAGGAGUCUGAAACUCAGCUAGAGGAAGAUAUCUUGCAGAUACUUGGCGAAGCACCUCAGCCGGAUAUUGUUUUAGGCAGAAACAUUCAUAGAGAUAUUGCAUCUCGCUGGCAAGAUAUUUUAUUAAAAGGUAUGACCAAAGAGUCAAAGGAACAACUUUUUAAAAAGUAUCUCAUUCCCGCCAAUUGUCACUACCUGGUUGCACCGAUUUUAAAUCCCGAAGCUAAAGCUGCGGUUCCUGAUAUAUUAGCAAAGAGAGACUGCACUUUAUUGCAAAAACAAAAUCAGAUCGGUGUGGCUUUAGCUGCGCUCUCUCAAGUUAUAGAAAUGAUUGUUAAGAAAGAAACUGCUACACAGCUACUUCUGCAGCCAUUAAGUGAUGCUUGCCGCUUGUUGUGUGACAGCCACAACAUGGAGACCAAGACAAGGCGAAGCAUUGUGAUGAGCACCAUAAAUACUAGCUUACGUGAAACUCUCACUAACAGCAGCCGUGACAAGUAUUUAUUUGGCGAAGAUCUAACAGAAAAACUAAAAGCCGCUAAAUCUGUUCAAAGAACCGGGGAAUCACUGCUCAAACCCAACCCAGUAGCUACUUCAAGCAAAAAUUCAAACUAUAAAAACUUGGCCUUACCAAGAAACCGGAAUUUAAACUACAGGGGUCAGACUCAGAAGAGACCACCGAACAGACAGGGCGAGUCAUCGAGAGGACGACCACCGGCGCGCCAACAACGCGCCACACCGUACGCGCGUCCGCCUCCACCUCCGCCCAAAGCGCCGUCGCCGACGAGGAGGCCCUACCGCCGGUAGAUACUCAGGUAACGCAGUACGCUGGUCGAUUAAAAUAUUUUCAUAAAGAAUGGAUGAAAUUAACCGAUGAUUCAACGUUACUGUCAUGGAUAACGGGAUAUAAAAUCCCUUUCAUAUCUACUCCAAUACAAGAUGUUUGUCCUGUAACUAGACCAAAAUCUGAUCAGGAGCAUGAUGAGUUUGUUUUGGCAAUCAAUAAGCUAACCUCUAUACAUGCUAUUUCUCGAUGUUCACAUGAGGAAGGAGAAUUUAUUUCGAGCGUUUUCCUUGUGCCUAAACCAAACGGUGAAAAACGUUUUAUUCUAAAUUUAAAAUUGUUAAAUAAAUUUGUAUCAACAAACCAUUUUAAAAUGGAAGACUAUAGAACAGCUAUUAAGUUAAUAACAAAAGACAGUUACAUGGCAUCCAUAGAUUUAAUGGAUGCAUAUUUUUUUAUAAAUAUCUGCAGUUUACAUAGAAAAUUCUUACGUUUUAAUUAUAACGGAACCCUUUAUGAAUUUAACUGUUUACCGUUUGGUUUAUGCACAGCUCCUUACGUUUUUACAAAAUUACUUAAACCUGUAAUGGAAUAUUUACGCUCAAGGAACAUGAUCUCUGUAAUUUACUUAGAUGAUUAUUUUUGUGUAGGUAAAACUUAUUAUGAUUGUAUGAAAAAUGUUAAACAAACGUGUAAGAUAUUAGAAGAAAUUGGAUUUAUGAUAAACAGAAGAAAAAGUAGCUUAAUACCAAAUAAGAGAUGUAAAUUUCUUGGAUUCAUCUUUGAUUCGAACAAAAUGAUUAUGGAAUUACCCACGGACAAAAGAUUAAAAAUAAAAACUUAUGUUCAAAGAUUUUUACAUAUUCGUAAUUGUAAAUUGCGAGAUUUCGCCCAAAUGAUCGGUCUUUUAGUAUCUGCAUGUCCAGCGAUGCAGUUUUCGUGGUAUCAUACAAAACUAUUCGAGCAAGUUAAAUUUCAAUCUUUAUUGCAAAAUAACAGUUAUAAUCAAACAAUUAAACUACCUAAUUUCAUAAGGGAAGAUCUAAAUUGGUGGUUAAAUAAUAUAGAUAAUGGCCAUUCUAAUAUAAAAACUAAUAAUUACAUAAAAGAAAUUUAUAGCGAUGCUUCAUCAUCAGGAUGGGGGAUAUAUUGCAAUGGCCAGGAAUCAUUUGGUCAUUGGAAGGAAAACGAAUCAAAGUUGCAUAUUAAUCAAUUGGAGCUCAAAGCAGCCUUUUUUGGAAUAAAAGUUUUUGCUAGUGAUUGUUCUGAUUGUGAAUUGUUACUAAGAAUAGAUAAUGUUACUGCCAUAUCGUGCAUUAACAGGAUGGGCAGUGUGCAAUAUCCCCAUCUUAAUGAUGAGGCCCGCGACAUUUGGAAAUGGUGUGAACAGCGUAGAAUUAUACCUUUUGCAUCAUACAUUAACACUAAAGAUAAUAGAGAGGCUGAUUUUUUAUCUAGGAAAAAAUUUCAAGAAACAGAGUGGGAAUUAGGUGAUUACGCAUAUGAUAAAAUAAAAGAAAAGUUAGGUAUUCCAGAUAUUGAUUUAUUUGCCAGCCGUUGUAAUGCUAAAUGUGAUACUUACGUAACCUGGAGAAAUGAGCCUGAUGCAUGGGCUAUCGAUGCAUUUACUGUACUAUGGAGUGGAUUAAAUUUUUAUGCUUUUCCACCAUUUUCAAUGAUUUUAAAAAUGAUUCAAAAGAUAAUUACUGAUAAAGCAGAAGGAAUAGUUGUUGUUCCCUUAUGGCCAACGCAACCUUGGUUUCCAUUAUUCCAAAGAAUAUGUAAAUCUGAAAUCAUACAAUUCCCACCGGAUGUUAACCUCCUAAAAUCACCUUACAGAUCAACCCACACGCUUCAUCGCAGUCUAACAUUGGCUGCCGCGAGAUUAUCCGGCAGACUUUACUGAAAAAAUUUUUAUCACCUAGGUCGGUCGAAAUUAUGCUAGCGUCCUUGUCAAAUAACACUUACAAACAGUAUGACGGCUCAAUAAAAGCCUGGAUAAAUUAUUGUAAUAUACAUAAUUACGAAUACACUAAGGCAUCUAUACCUGUGAUUAUCCAUUUCCUAACAGAGGUAUUUGACAAGGGUGCUAAAUAUGGAACAAUAAACUCUUAUAAAUCUGCGCUAGCUCUAUUAUUAGGAAAUAAUUUAGAAGAUGAAAGACUAAAGCGCUUCAUGAAGGGAGUAUUCAAAUUAAGACCAACUAAUCCCAAAUACAAUGUAACAUGGGACCCCAAUAUCGUCCUUAACUUUCUUGGACAAAAAUAUCCCAAUGAAAGUCUUGAUUUGAGAACCCUCUCCAAGAAGACGCUCACUUUACUUGCUCUUGUGACUGCACAUCGUGCACAGACGCUAUCUUUAAUCAAAAUAAAUAACAUAGUAAUUAAUCAAAACGAAAUUUUAAUAAAAAUUCCGGAUACAAUUAAAACAACAAAAUUAAAUUCACUGCAACCCGUUUUAAGGCUUCCAUUCUAUAAUCCACGUCCAGAAAUCUGCCCAGCUCGUUGUUUACAAGUGUAUUUAAAUAAGACAAAACCUUUACGUAAUAAUAACAAGACAACCUUAUUUCUAAGUACAAAAAAGCCUCAUUCUAGUGUUACUAGCCAGACCAUUAGUCAUUGGAUUAAAGAUAUGCUACAACAGAGUGGUGUAGACACUUCAAUAUUUAGUGCACAUAGUACACGACAUGCAGCCACAUCGAAAGCAAACCGAUUAGGAGUAAGCAUAGAAGUCAUCAAACGGACGGCUGGUUGGUCUAGUUCAUCCUCCGCCUUUGCUCGCUUCUAUAACAAAGAUAUUGUAACUAAUGAUGAUCAGUUCGCUGAAUCACUUCUUAAUUCUGUAGAAUGAUUGUAAUAAUAAUAUGAUGUACUUACCUACUAAGAUGAUUACUGUAAUAAAUGUUGAUUACAUAAAAAUAA